CAUCUGAGAGCAGCAGCCUGUGCAGAGACAGAACAUGCUUAUGCACUGACAUCAGCUGAGAUAAGACACACAGACACUCUUCUUUUGAAGGACAGGGUGAUAUUUAUAUAUAUAUAUACUUAUAUAGACCAGGAGACGCUGUUUUCAUCCAUCCGUGGGGCUAUUAUUUCGACUCGAUGGCUGUUUCUCUGGGCUUUCUUCACGGUAAUGAGGAGCGGAGCUGAAGUUUGAGCGGCUGUGUCAAAGCCCUCUGUGUUUAUUAUCAGUCUUCAGGGUUUUUCUUUUUUUUUUUAUCUUGAGGAUCUCCUUGUUGUUGGAUUGUUGUUGUUUUUCUCCAGAAAAGGAUGGUGCUGGACAAGGAGGAGAGUGUGUCCCUCGUGUCCCUCCAGUCCAGAGAGAAGCCGAGGGGCUGCGCCGGCUGCAACGGGAAGAUCCGGGACCGCUUCAUGCUGCAGGCCCUGGACAGGUACUGGCACGAGGACUGUCUGAAGUGUGCCUGCUGCGACUGCCGCCUGGGCCGGGUGGGCUCCACCCUCUACACCCGGGCCAACCUCAUCCUGUGCCGCAGGGACUACCUGAGGCUCUUCGGGGUGACGGGGAACUGUGCAGCCUGCAGUAAGCUGAUCCCUGCCUUUGAGAUGGUGAUGAGAGCCAGAGACAACGUCUACCAUUUAGACUGCUUCGCCUGUCAGCUCUGCCGCCAGAGAUUUUGCGUGGGAGACAAGUUUUUCCUCAAGAACAACAUGAUCCUGUGCCAGCUGGACUAUGAAGGAGGCCAUCUUAAUGGAAGCACGGAGAGGCAGCCUCAGUAAGAGAUCGUGACAGGACUGUGAGCCAGUUGGACUAUGAAACUCACAGCAGCAGCGUCUUCAUCAGCUUCCUGUUUCAGACUUUUGAAACAACACUGAUGGGACGUGUUUCCAAUGAUUGAACUCUUUAUUAUAGAGAGCUGUGUGGAAACUAUCCUGAACAUUUUGGUCAGACGGACCAGAGAUCAACCAGGAAGUGAAAAUGGAAACUGUCAGAAGGAUAUUUAUGGUUCUGCCCACCUUUUUUUCUUUCUUGGUUUACAUUCAACAAAUAAUUUGAAGAGUCUGUUCACCAAACUUGAAAUACUAGAUGGAUGGAGGGAAGCCAAUCAGGCCACACAAAGCAUCAACCAAUUCAUCCAUCACAGAAAAUACUGAGUUGUCAAAAUGUCCCCGGCAGUUGCUGAACCGUCCUCUGUGGUGAAACUCGCCCAUCUGGCAUUUAGGAAGCCGCAAAACUAACUGAAACCUUUUUGCAAAUACGGUUUAAGAAGGAUCGACUGCUUCUCCUUCAUCUCUACGAAGACUCGAUGGAACUGAGCGAUGCUUGGAAGAAAAAACCCCACAGUAGUUUUGUUUUCACACUGAUCUCAAGCUGUUUUUUUUUCGUUUCUUGACUAAUUAAACUGAAUUUUAAUUUCGGUUUGUGUGCUCAUUAUUUAUGAACUGAGAGUCCUGAAAAUCA